CAUAUAGCUCUAUUUUGGAUAAAGUAUUCUGUAUCUUCUGUAUUAUGUUUGGAAGUCAUCAAGCAAGCAUGCAAUGGACUCAUAAAGGUACAGAUAGCUGGAAUAAUUUAGUCCGGCAUAUGGAGAGACAUGAAACAUCCCCUGUUCAUGCAGAUUGUGAAUAUGCACAUAUGGCAUGGAUUUCUCGGGGGCGUAUUGAUGACCACAUUUUAUUCAACCGAGAGGAAAUUAUAACCCAAAAUCGUUAUAUUAUCCAUAAUAUAAUUGAUGCUAUUGUGUAUUUAAUACGGGGCAAUAUUGCUUUUUGGGAAGCAAUUCUCAUGAUGGCAUUACAUCUUCCACUAGAAUACCUGAUUGGGCAAAGUAUGGAUGGUGCUAGUAAUAUGAGAGGUGUUAAUAAGGGAGUACAGGCUUUAAUAUUUAAAGAAGCUCCUAAAGCUAUUUAUGUCUGGUGCCAUGCUCAUAGGCUUAAUUUAAUUGUUAUUCGUAUAUGUGGAUAUGGGAAUGAAAUUAAAAAAACUAUGGGAAUUUUAGAUGAAUUAUAUAAUUUUAUGAAUGGAGUUAAACGCCAGGGUGUUUUUACCAAAUUUCAAAUGCAAAAAAAUAAAAAUUCUCUCAAAAGAAUAAAAAACACAACAAGAAAUUGGGCAUCAUCUUUCAAAGCAUUACAAAAUUUUUUAGAUGUUUAUGAAUAUAUAAUAGCCUCCUUGACAGAGUUAAGCAAUUCCGAUGACGCAAUCACAUUUUCAAUUUCUGAGGGAUUGCUAUCUAGAAUAAAACGAUAUGAUUUUAUUUUAGGAUUAUUUAUUUUAAGAAUAAUCUUAAAAUGUACACAUGAAACUUGCAUUGAAAUGCAGGCAAUUGGAAAUGAUUUAGCAAUGAUGAUUAAAUUGAUCCAACAUACAAAAAAUAAAUUCCAAAGAUUAAGGGCAAAUGGUGAUAAUAUAUUAACAUCAUUACAUACCGAUGUUAAAUCAUUUAUGGAUAAGAAUAAUGUUACAACCGAUAUUUAUAAUAUUAAGUCAAUAUUUAAAUUGGAUCAAAAAGAGUUUGAUAAUUAUAUUGAACAACAAAAAGAAAAAUAUAAAAAUGAAAAUUUUUACCCAGUGAUUAAUAUGAUCAUUGAACAAUUAAAUGAAAGAUUUAAUUAUGAAUCAUUAAACUUUUUAAAUCAGAUUUCUAUUUUUACUCCUGCGGGAUUAGCAGAUAAUGAGAAUAUAGAAAUUUCCCAGAUAUCUGAAAUUGUGUUUAUAUAA